GUCAGACAUUAUAAAGUUAGUCAACAUUAAUGUACGCUUAAUGCGUGUCUCCGAUUGCGAUGUUAUACGCGAUUUAUGGCCACAAUGUAAGGCAUCGAUAUUCAAAAGAGCUAAUGAAGUCAUGUUAAACAUCGACCCGAACGGCAUAUUUGUGGCCGAGGAGGUCGACACUGGAAAAAUUAUUGGAUAUUGUUGUGGAGUUAAAGUAUCGCCAAAACUAGGCUUUAUUGGUGGUUAUGCUGUAAGACCUGAAUAUCAGGGACAGGGAGUCGGACCGGUUAUCUGGAAAAAAGUUAUGGACUAUUUGGGUGACAUCAAUAUAGCACUGUUUGCUCGCACUCAAGAAAUGGGAGAAAAAUAUGGAGAGAAAUGGGGAUUUCAAAUGAUGAAACACAAACGACUGGUGCAUAUGACAGGAAAGGUUGUCUUAAAUGAUGACAUCUGUGUUAAAAGUAUUGAUGGGAUAACUGUGUGUCCGAUCACUACUGAGUUAUUGCCGGGAGUUACUGAAUAUGAUAGCGACAUAUGCGAUGGUAUAGAUCGCAGACUAUUCAUUGACGGUGUUAUUAAAUCCCCGGAAACCUGGAAUUUGGUCGCUAUUAAUGAGCGCCGGGAGGUCUGUGGCUAUUGUAUUAUAUACAGAGCCCUUUGUCAUGUGACAGUCGUCGGGCCGUUAUAUGCGGACAACGAACAUAUAGCCGAACUGUUGGUUACCCGAUGUUUGCAACUCAUACCCGAAGAUCGACAGCAAAAUGUUUUAUAUUAUUCUUGGAAUAUAAAUCUCAAAAGUAUUGAAAUCGCUGAGAAAUUAGGAUUAAAGUUAACAUACAAUCGGCCGAUAAUGUAUUCAAAACAAGCAAUUGACGGAAAAUUAGAUAAAAUUUUUACCGUUUCAAGUACUAUGUAUUACCCGUUUUAA